UAAAAUAUGUCUAAGUUCGUUUUAAUUAUAUUAAUUCGCCUCCUGCUGCCAUUUUCACUUAUUUUUGCGUCGCUGGCUCGUCCUGUUGCUAUAUCUUUUGCAUAUAUAGCCUCGUUUUUCUUAUCACCAUGGCUGCUACAAACUAAGAGUCGAAAGCAUCGUACCUUGUUACACCUUUACAUGGUGCUUCUUUGUUUUUUGAGUGGUACUUUUUUAUUUGGCCAUAUUAUAGUUAAUUUAACAUAUUUGUUUUUCAUCGACUUACAUUCUACUAAAUCAUUUACAUACUUUUUGCGGCAAAUCGGGUUUCUAUAUUUUAAAGGCCUAAGUUUUGGACCCAUCGCCUAUUGGAUUUUUCCAGAUGCUCUAGUUUUCUUAAAUACAAUUAUUUGUUUUAUUUUUUUUAAAGUUUUUCAUAAAACUGUUUUUGGUAAUCCAAUUCAAGAAAAUAAUUCAGUACAUUGCACUAAAGCCAGUACAUUGAAGUUAUCUGAGAUGAAUAGAUUGCUCAUAAUCGUUUACAUCCAAUCGGUUCUAAAAACUUCUCCUAUUUUUUACCUAAUUCUACUAUAUUUAGCAGCAACCUUAAGACCUUCAUUACCUGGUAGCUUGUAUUUUCUUAUUUUUAUCGUAGCUGGAACUUAUUGGUCGUUGUAUCAAAAAUUGCACCGAUGGAUUUAUCAUCUCUUUAUGUUUGUGGAUUUUGCGCUUCUAUUUCAUAUAGUAUGUAUUUUUUCAUACCAAUUGCCGGUUUCGCAGCAAUUAUUUGAAAAGAAUACAACAUGGACGCGAAUAAUGGGAAUGGAAUUAUUACUAAGCCUGUCUGACGAUAAUAGAUAUAACCACAUUAUGGUUUUCAAUCACAAAUUGUACUUGGACUCUUAUCUGAGUCCUAUCGCACUAAUGUUAGCUUAUUUUGUGUCAACGUUAAGCCUAAUUAACCGUUCGCACUAUGAAAAUACUUUUAACACAAUUCGUCUGAAUUUACGUCCUAAAAUAAACGAAAUUUCUUCUUAUGAAUUUUAUAUGAAAGAUAAAAAGGAUGGCAUAUUGGUCAAGGCAGAACCUUCAAUGCUUGAACAGUUUUUCUAUAUGGUUUUUGAUAUUACGACGUUUAUAUAUAAAAAUAGCUAUAUAUUGCUCAACAUAAUAAUGAUGAUUUGGUCAAUUGUUUAUCACAGCUGGUUAACAUUUGUUUUACUAAUAUGGGCUAAUAUUCUUUGGAUGAUUCCAAAUCAGCGGCGUUCCAUGAUGCGGUCUAGUUUUUUUGUAGUUAUAUACGCAGAAUUCUUACUAAUUACUCAAUAUAUAUAUGGCAUGAAUAUUAAUGAAGAUGAGUUGCCUACAAAGGUUACGAGUUUUACUUUUAAUCUGGAGCAAGUUGGAUUUGUUCAUCCACAAAAUAAAGGAACUCCACCUUGGAUCCCGUUGACUGUAAAAACCGGAUUUCUUUUGGUAUUUUGGAUUACUUCACGCCAAUAUUUUAAAGAAAAAGCUGAAGAUAGAACACAGGAUAAUUUGCUUCAUCACAUUUUUGGGCCCAAUCAUUCACGCUCUGAACAUCUACUGUUUGAAAAAUCGCAGGCGCCACAACUUAUCAUUUACAUUUUUAAAAGUACAUCAAAUUUUAUUACAAGAAUAUGGAUGUGGCUUUUAAUAUUUUUGAUCUUUAUAUGUGCUAUGAUUGACAACGCUAUGACAGGAUUUAGAAUUUGCUACAUGUCACUUUUUUUGCUUUUCUUAAUGGUAUUUCAAAUGUCUCUUCAACUGUGGAUAAAAUUUUUAUAUGGAUAUUGGAUUUUUCUUAUAUUUUACGCCAUGACAAUAUUGACAGUUAUUUAUACCUAUCAAUUUGAUAAUUUUGACAUAUAUUGGUCGAAGUAUUUAAAAGUACAUACAAAAAUACAAACAGAUAUUGGCUUGCGUCGGUUUAAAACAAAGGAUCUGUUUUUCCAUCUUUUAAUACCAACUUUGACAGUUAUAUUUACUGUUGUCCAACUUCAUUACUUUCAUCGUCGUUUUAUGGAUUCUGUACGGCGCCCAAAACCUUCGGAAGGGAAAAAUAUGGACUCACAGGUUGCUUUUACUUUUGGAAAUGGUCCUCAGCGUUCCUCUUUUGACUCGCAUAAGCAAUCGUGGAAAGUUUUUUUUUCUGCAGGGUAUCGAAAAAUUCGUUCAAGAGGUCGCAAAUUGUUCAGACCAGGAAAAAUAAUUGCUUGGGGAUUUUUAGAAAUGCAUAUGAUUAAAGGUGUUAUACUGGCAUCUUUUUUUUGUGCAAUAUCGGAAGUAUGUUUUUUUAAUAUAAUUUUAGUUCUUUUAUCACUUAUGAGCGUAUGUGUGAACCGAUUUUUAAGACGUAUUGUUUUUAGAACAGUUACUUUUUGGGUUUCUGUUUUAGUAUUAAUGAAAAUGAUUUAUCAAAUCAAAUAUUUGGAUGAACAUAUAUACGAUUACAAAUGCAAAAACAAUACCGUAAAUUUUGCGGAAUGGAUGGGCUUACAAAAAACUAGACAAAAUUUCGGAAUCCAUUUGCGCUAUAUAUCGCCAUACAUAGUUUAUAUGAUUGUAACAUCAUUGCAUGCGGUCGUUAAGCUGAGGGACUAUUUGAUACAUUAUUCAAUAUAUGAUAAAAAGGAUCGGAAAGUAUUGUUUCCUUAUAUUACAAGACUAGAUGCUGAACGUGAUUUUCCAGGCCUAUUAAAAUACUUGCUUAAUUAUGGAUUUUACAAAUUUGGUCUUGAAAUUACACUAAUAGGGCUUGUUUCCACGAUCGCUCAUAGGCGCGAUCUUUUGGCAUUGACUUAUGUAAUUUGGCUUAUUUUACUACUGUGCCUUAAACGAGAGCAAUGCGCACGAAUCUGGGAAAUUUUUCAACUUUACUUCGUCUUAUCUAUUUUUGUGCAAUACUUAUAUCUUCUGAAUUUUCCACCUAAUCUAUGCGUUGAAUUGUCAUACAUAUAUGGCAACCAAUCUAUUUGGAUUAUGCUUAAUAAUUCUACGAAAUUCUUUUAUAAAUCCAAACUAAUGCUGGAUUUUAUUAUUCUUUUACUUAUUUCGCGGCAAAGGAAAUCUUUUAAGGCGGAGACUCGUCAUAUUGAUGAUAUAAAUUACCCUGGAGGAGAUAACUUUAACGUAGUAUAUAAUAUUGCAAAGCUUGGACACGUUUAUUUUGAAAAUCCUACACAUGAUUUUUGCUCCUAUGUUCGUAAUUAUGCUGAUAUUUUUAAAACUGCAAUAUUUUGCAGUUUUUUUUGGAUAACUCUCGGUAUAGUCUUCAUGGGUGGAGUUUGCAGCAUGGAUAUUCUUUCUUUGGGCUACAUUAUAUUUGCGUUAGUUUUUUUGCUUCAAGGGUCUGAAGUCUACUUACAAAAUAUUCAUUAUAUAAUGUGUCGUUGGAAUUUUCUUAUUUCGUUUAAUAUUUUAAAUAUUAUAAUUAAGGCCGCAAUAGUUGUCUUGGAAGACUCUAUUAUCGUGAAGAAGCAGCCAGUAUUGGAUGCAAUUUUUAGUAUCAUGCAUCAAGAAAAAAGUGAUGUUACAAAAAUAACUGAAAACAAUGAGCUUAAACCCCAUCAUGAAUGUCUCUAUGGACCAAACAAUAUGAUAUUUAAUAAUACACUAGUAUGGCAUACUAUUAUAUUUUCAUUUGUAAUUUUUCAACAUCGAAUAUUUCGUUCAUACUACUUUUGCCAUGUGAUAAUGGAUACACAAGCAAAUACUAUUCUAGCUUCUCGAGGUGCAGCUAUUAUUGAAAACUUACAUUAUAAGCAAAUUUAUGACCGUCGUGAAUAUGAAAAAAAUGUAUUAGAGAGUGUGAAAGCUAAAAUGGAAAGAAUUCGAGCAAGUAACAAAAACAAUUAUCGGCAAGCGACUGGUUUAGAUUUCAAACCAAAUUCCAUACCUUCAUCCAUAUGUUAUGUAAAUUAUAAUGAAGAGGAACCCCCGAAAAUAAAAAAAAAUAAUACGCGGUUUUUAAUAACUGUUAACGAUAAAAGAACUCAAUUGCGAAAUACAUAUUUUACUCGGUCACCUCAGCCUAAACGCAGGGACUUACGUCUUCAUCCGCAUGCUGUUCGUACCGGUGAUUAUUAUAUGUUUGAAGUGUUGGACGAUGACGACGAUAUGGAUGUAUAUGAAGAAUAUGAUUUCCUUGAGAAAGAAGAUUUAAGAGCACGACAGAUUCGUCUCUCAGUAAGAAAAAGAAACAAAGCAAUUUCAUCCCGUGAAUAUAGUAUCAGUAAAGAAUAUUUUCCUAGGGACAACUCGGACUCUGAUAACAAAGACUUGGAUACUCAUCCCGUUAUAAAGCUAACUGCAGAGCUAGUUGUUUUACUAACAUUUAGAUUAAACCGACUAUCAAGAAACUAUAGGUUUGUUCAUAAAGUUCUUUCAGCGGAAAAGAAAACAUUGCAAGAAAUAAGUAUUAUGAAUAGGCUCGGAUUAUCAAAUACGGCUGCAAUGUUUAAAUUCUUAAACCAAUCCUUGAAUGAUGCGUCUUCAAAUGACUUAAGGGCUAAUCUAAUUUCUCAAGGCGACGAUUUUACCACCCUUGACCAUAACGAUUUUGUUCAAAUGCUUAUUGCUAUGUGGUACGCCAUAAUUGCUAAUACUGAGACAAUAUGCUAUUUGGCUGUCUUUAUAAAUCAGGCAGCUAAUUCAUCAAUGAUUUCAUUACCGAUGCCGUUUUUAGUUCUAUGUUGGGGAGCUUUAACAUUACCACGUCCCACCAAAACGUUUUGGGUUACUCUUAUUACUUAUACAUUAUCAAUGAUAUUUAUAAAAUCCAUGAUGCAUCAAAAAAUUGUUCUUGAACGAACCCAAUCAAGAUCUAAAGCUGUACAUUUUGAUCUUAUUAUGAAAUAUGGUAACGCAAUUUAUGAUCUGUUAUUGCUUGUCGUUUUAUUUUGGCACAGAUAUAUGCUUAAAAAGCAAGGAAUUUGGACAAUGCAACGUACCAAUUCCGAAGUCUUACUUUUGGAAAAAAAUUCAAUUUAUAUGAAACGAAGUCAUAGUGAGGAAAAACCCGCGGAUAUUCUUGACAGGUUAAGGGAAGAAGCAGGAGAAGAAUCAAGAAAAGAACCUGGCCCUAGUACAAUGGAAUUCAAACGUGAUAUGGAUGAUGUACUUCGUCCCGGUAUGGAAAACAAAUACGUAUAUCAAAAUAUUGAGUCCGAAUAUUAUCGAAAGUCGAUGCAGCGAUUAGCGCACAAAGGAGGAUUUUUGUCUGGCUUUUACAAAUUUUUUUUAACAUUACGACAUAAGGCCAGAUUAUCGACUGAUGUGUAUACAUUGUUAUUUCUGUGCGAUUUUAUAAAUUUUUUUGUCUUACUUUUUGGAUUUCCGAAAUUUGCGUACCGAUACAAGUAUAGUACCAGCGUUUUGGAGACAUACAUUCAAGGAAACAAAGUCCCUUUUAGUUUUUUACUAAUGCUUAUCGUACAAUUUAUAACAAUAGUCACUGAACGGGCUAUAUAUCUAAGAAAAGCUCUGAUAUAUAAAAUAGUAUUCCAUUUCGUUACUGUUGUUGGAAUUCAUAUAUGGAUGUUUUUUUUAGUACCAUACGUAACAGCUCAUAGUUUUGGCGAAACAGCUCCUGUAUUUUUUUAUCUUAUCAAGUGUCUUCAUAUGUUACUAUCCGCAUACCAAAUACGUUGUGGUUAUCCAAAACGAAUAUUAGGAAAUGUGUUUACAAAAGGGUUUUCCUUAGUAAAUUAUAUUGUUUUUAAAAUUUAUAUGGAAAUACCAUUUCUUUAUAUACUUCGAACUAUGUUAGAUUGGGUGUGCAUAGAUACCACCCUCACAGUUAUGGAAUGGAUAAAAAUGGAAGACAUUUUUCAGUCAGUUUUUAUUGUUCGAUGCUACAGGCAGAUCGAUACAGAUUUUCCGGUUUUGCGUGGUGAGCCGAAAGCAUUGUAUAUCAAGCUUCUUAUAGGAGGAACUAUAAUAUUGGUUCUUAUUGCUCUAAUAUGGAGCCCGUUAUUUCUCUUUGCGUUAGUUGGAACAGUGGGUAAAGCUAAUAUUCCCCGAAAGGCUGAUAUAACAGUAAAAAUUAGUCAUUAUGAACCAAUAUAUGUAUCGCAAAGUUAUUCUGGUAUCCACCAAUUUACCGAAAGAGACUAUCAAGUGCUAACAGAACGUUUUAUGUUUGAUAAUUACGCAUCUGAUCAUAUUAUGGUGUAUGAUGCAGUCGAUAUAACAGCUAUCAAGUUUGAUGCGAACUCUGUUACAUUAUGGAAUAUGUCACCUCCUGAUAAGCUACGAUUGUUGGACGAUUUGAAAAAUGAUGUGUCGUUAGAGUUGCGGUUAAAUCUUGCAUUAAAAUGUAAUCUGACUCCAGAAACUGUUAUGUAUGAAAAAACGUAUACUCUGACGGAAAAUGAAUUUAAGACAAGGAAAAUGCUAAUUAAAAUUCUGUCUGAAGAAAAUGAUAAUGGGAAUGUAAUUAUACCAGACUUUCUACCAAAAUUUAUCACCGUUCAAAAACUUCAAGUAAAUGCCAAAUUUAUCAAGGAUUACGACAGUAAAUUUUCCCGUCCCAUAAUCAUGAACAAAAAACAAUCUGAAGGCAAAACCUGGUGGGAAAUGUUUGACUAUUGUGAAGAUACAUUUUAUAAUGACAUUUUAUCUGCAUUACCAAAAAGCGGCCGUGAUGAUGGGGUGGUACUUUAUGUAUUUAAUGAUAAAUCUUUUCCGUCGGCCAUGAGUUUCCUUGAAAAAACAGGGAUUAUUGGGCUAUAUACGACAUUCGUAUAUGUUGUUUCUAGAGUAAUCCGAUCACUGAUUGCAAACAACCAUAGGCGAAUAAUGUUUGAAGACUUGCCAUAUGUCGACAGGGUUUUAAAAUUAUGCAAUGAUAUAUAUUUAGUUCGUGAAACCCAGGAGUACCGACUGGAGGAAGACUUAUAUGGGAAGCUAAUAUUUCUAUAUCGAUCGCCUGAAACUCUUAUAAAAUGGACACGGUUCAAAGAAGACAUUUCGGACGAAGCAACUGAAGCUAACGUAAGACGCACUUACGGCGCCACAUUUAAUGAGAGCUCCAACCAAGAGCCACCUGCAGAAAGAUUAAAUUAAUCGUUCUUUAUAAAUGUAUAAAUUCUUCAUAUACUUACUGUUUAC